GACUGCGGACAUAGCACAGGAGAUGACCAGAGACUGCGGACACAGUACAGGAGAUGACCAGAGACUGCGGACACAGUACAGGAGAUGACCAGAGACUGCAGACAGUACAGGAGAUGACCAGAGACUGCGGACAUAGUACAGGAGAUGACCAGAGACUGCGGACAUAGUACAGGAGAUGACCAGAGACUGCGGACAUAGUACAGGAGAUGACCAGAGACUGCGGACACAGUACAGGAGAUGACCAGAGACUGCGGACAUAGUACAGGAGAUGACCAGAGACUGCGGACAUAGUACAGGAGAUGACCAGAGACUGCGGACACAGUACAGGGGAUGACCAGAGACUGCGGACACAGUACAGGAGAUGACCAGAGACUGCGGACAGUACAGGGGAUGACCAGGGACAGUGCAGGGGAUGACCAGAGACUGCGGACCUUGGGGAGGGAGGGGGAGUGGCUGGGUACCCACUACGCAUGCGCAAGAAGCACUGCACUUUGUGAAUGGCCCGGCGUCUUCUGGGACCUGUCAUGUGUCCCAGAAGACGCCAGA